GGAUAAUAACUUUUUCGUUAAAAAUAAUUACCGUGUUAUUUUUUGUUUGUUGUUGUUGUUACUUGUUACAUUAAACUAUAAUUUAUAUAUGAGUAUCGAAUUCCAAUUGCGGAAGAAAGGAGAAAAUAAUCUCCGGUUUGAGCUGCGUCGACGAGAUCUAUCGUCAGGAUCUCAGAUUUGUUGUUACACUCUUGCUCAAGUCUGGAGACAUGAGUUCUCCGGGAACGAGUAUGUUCACCAAUUUCACUAAGCUCUGCAAAGGACUUGCCCUGGUACUUGUGGUGGGACACCUCGUGGUUCAGUUCAUUCCCGCUACCGUCCCAUACCUUGCUCUGAUUCCGGCGAGGACUAUUCCUUUUGCCUGGAAUCUGAUAACAAGCGGCUAUUUUGAACUCUCAGUAUAUGGGGUUGUCUUCAGCACCGUUUCUCUCCUUUUUAUGGGAAAGUUCCUGGAACCUGUCUGGGGUUCCACGGAGUUCCUUAAGUUCAUCUUUGUGGUGAACUUCCUUACGUAUCUCUGUGUUUUCGUUACAGCCAUUGCCUUAUACUACAUAACGAGGCUGGAAGUUUACCUAUAUAUGCCCUUUGCUGGUUUUCAUGGUGUCUUGGCAGGCCUUCUUGUAGGGAUAAAGCAGAUAAUACCUGACCAGGAGAUAUUGCUGUUAAAGAUAAAAGCAAAGUGGUUGCCCUCAAUUAUGCUAAUUUUGUCAAUAGCCUCAAGCUUCUUCACACUAGAUUCAGCAGCAUAUCUUCCCACUUUGAUAUUUGGUACAUAUAUGGGCUGGUUAUACCUCAGGUACCUACAGAGGAGACCAGAAACAAAGCUCAGAGGUGAUCCAAGUGAUGACUUUGCCUUCUCUACUUUCUUUCCUGAACUUCUCAGGCCAGUAAUUGACCCCAUUGCCUUAAUCUUUCACCGGAUGCUUUGUGGAAGAUCAAAUGCCACCAGUGAAGACCAUGAUUAUUCUACCAGUGGUGCACCAUUGCCAGGUUCUGAUUCUGCUGAAGCAUCCAGGAGGAGAGAAAGAGGGGCAAGAGCUCUAGAGGAGAGACUAGGAACGGAAAGAUUGGUUCCUGCAAGGAACAAAGAUGAAUUGCAGAGUGAUGGUUUAGAUAACGUAUAAGUGGAGAUUGCAAUAAGCAUUUUGAAGAAGCUGUUGUUGGUUCUUACUUGUGUUCAUGUGGACAGUUUUUUUUUGUUUUUUUUUUUUGUUAAUGAAAUUGGCGUUUAUACAGAAUCAGCUUCGUAAAUUCCUUUGACAGCUCAGAAAGGUAGUACAUUUCCUUGGACAAACCACCAAUUAGAAACAAUUUUCUUGGACGAGAGGAUAUAAAAGUAGUUAUACAUGUUUUCACUUGUCUCUAAACUUGUUAUUGAAACAGUCGUAACUC